CGGUUGCGCCUUUUCCGUUCUGGCCUCGAGGUAGGCGAGAGCGAGGCAAGGGCAGCUCGCGCGGCUGAGGGGGAGAAGCCUCCCCCCCUUAGAGGUUGGCCUCUAUGGAGGGGGGCGCCGGGAACACGAAGAGCUCCGGCCUGGGAGGCCUCUUCGGCGCCGGAGGGCCGGGAUAUUCCCACGCAGACCUGGCGGGCGUCCCUUUGACUGGAAUGAACCCUUUGUCUCCAUAUUUAAAUGUGGACCCUAAAUAUCUUAUACAGGACACAGAUGAAUUCAUUUUACCCACUGGAGCUAGUAAAACUAGGGGUAGAUUUGAGCUGGCCUUCUUUACAAUUGGAGGAUGUUGCAUAACAGGAGCUGCAUUUGGUGCACUGAAUGGCCUGAGACUGGGCUUGAAGGAGACACAAAGCAUGGCUUGGUCUAAACCUAGAAACGUACAGAUUUUAAAUAUGGUGACAAAGCAAGGAGCAUUAUGGGCCAAUACUCUUGGAUCUGUAGCAUUGCUGUAUAGUGCAUUUGGAGUUGUUAUAGAAAAAACACGUGGUGCAGAAGAUGAUCUGAAUACAAUUGCUGCUGGAACUAUGACAGGCAUGUUGUAUAAAAGUACAGGUGGACUGCGUGGGAUAGCCAGAGGAGGCAUUACAGGACUGAUGCUUACCAGCCUCUAUGCUCUCUAUAACAAUUGGGAACAUAUGAAGGGCUCAUUGCAAAGGCAGUCACUUUGAGCAUGACUGUAGAGAACUGAGUAUAUACUUAAGUAAUGCAAUCAGACUUGAAUCCCUUCAACGCAGCACAGAACUGAAUGGAGUAUAAUAGACUAGAGAAUCUCAUUGUGAUGACAUUGUUAUGAAGAGUGCCCCAUCCUUUCAACGGACAGGUGGUGAGAUGUGCUACUUUUUCUGCAAGGGUGAAGAUCUUACCUCCACAGCAUGUUCUGUUCACUUUUGCUCAGGCCAGAAUUACUGUAUUUUAACUUGGGUUAUAUAAUCAUCUGUGUAGCCAGGUUUGUGUACUAGUACCAUUGCUUGAUUUCAUUGUAAUAAAGUUUAAGUCCCUAUUCCAAUUCCUUUCUCUUAAAAGAUGGGCCCUAACUCAGUAAUAGCUGGUGGUAAAGGUACCUAUGGCCAUGGUGAGCCACCAAUGGACCAAUAACUCAAAGGUACAUUAAGGUGAGGUGGUAGAAAAUAUAUUGAAAAUGGAAAAAACAAGUACAUGCUUUAAAAACAGUCUUAUGGUGUUUUGAGAAGCUAAGACAUUUAGGAUGGCAUCAGCUUUCAUAAUUACCCUUUAUAUCAUCAGAUACAUGAAGUACUGCCCUGUCACAGAGGCAUAAAUACAUAAUUGGGAAGGAGUUUUUAAACUUGACACCUGAGAACUGAAAUGCAGAAAACCACUUAACAGUGGCAAUUCACAAAAUAUUAUGCAUUGGUGAGUAACAAAUCAUAGGCUGAAGUUCACCCACAGUAAAGUAAAAUAAGCCUUCCUGUUUAAGUCACAUAUAGUGAAUCCAUUAAAGAUAUUCCAUCUUGAAAUAUGUAAGAAGGGUUUUCCCUGUGUCCUAGAUGGCUAAGUUCCUCCCCUAGUUUUUAAUUUUGACAUUACUGCUAUUAAGUUUAUGUCUGUUACUACUCUGCAGUUUUGUGAAUAAACCACUGCUAAGGCAGUUAUCACCAGCUGUA